UAUUUUAAAUGUGACCUAAAAUCCCAUUUUUGUUACUGUAUUAUCCUAAGAAUAUGAAAUCUGAUUUUGUUAGAUAAAUUCAUUUUCUUGAUGAAAAACCUUUAGUUACAAUUACAUUGUUGUUUUCCCUUUCUAUGGAAAUUGUAUCUAUUCUUCAAAACUAUUACUAUUCAAUUAUUAUUUAAUAUGAGUUUAAUUAUCUUUCUCCAAAAUUUUGAUGUAUCAAAUUUUUCUUAAUCUUUCAAUACAUGAUUCCUUCCAUUGUAAAGGAAAAUCUUAAAAUGCAUAAGACUAAAGAGCAUUUUGAAGAAUAACAAGUAGAUACUUCCACAUAAAAUUGUUCAAAAGAUAUCAUGGGUGAUCUUGAACACAAUUUGUUUGAAAACCUUCCAAAUGAGGUUCUGCAACUUAUUUUUGCAGCCAUUGGAGAUUGUAAGUCUCUUGUGCGUUGUAUGGUUGUGUCUCGCACAUUUCAUAGUUAUGCAUCAAAAAUCACGACACUCAAGAUUGUUUUGCCAAAACUCUUUUUGACAUAUGAGAGAAAGCUUUGGAAUAUAUAUGUAAUGGUAAAGGCUUUUAGGGCCCUUGAAUCAUUGAUUGUGUAUGUUGGGCAACCAAAAAAUGAGCCUUCGAUGUCAUGGGCUCGGUGCAUGCGAUAUGCGGAGGUUGGUGUCACAGUAGAAAAAUUUGUCUUCAUGGCCGCAAAGACAGGUGACUUUGUAGAAUUUGAUCAUGCGCUUGGAUUACAACCUCAAUUCUCAAGCUACACUAUCAAUAACAAUCAUGAACGGGCUUUUAAUACAAAAAACAAGUUUGAAGAUAUAACAUCCAAAACCAAAUUUGAAAUUGAUCUUCUAGUGAAGAACCAAAUUGCUUCUUCAAGUAAUAAAGAAGACCAUAAUAAUGAUCCUUCAUCUACUUCAAGUAAGAAUAAUGUAGAAUAUGAAGGAAAACCAUCCACAGAAAAAUCCGAUGUACACAAUCACCAAAAUGACGAAAAAAAUAUGUUUAAUAACAUAUUUAAUUUUCAAAGACAACCAUACUUUACCCAAAAAAAAUCUAAUACACCGGUAAUUGAUUUUCAAUUAAAACAAGUCAUUGCACCAAACAAUGAUGUGCUUAAGCGGAUGGUCCCCGUUAUUGUUUUUGCAAUUGUUCAAGGUUUAGAUGAAUUCCAAGAUACUAUUCCAAAUUUUAUAGAGAAUUUCAUUAAACUCAAAAGAUUUGUUUUUGUAGAUAUCCUAGAAAGUCUAACAAUCCAUAUGAGAGAACACCAAAUUCAACAAGUUAGAAUCCAAAAACUAGAAAAAUUAAAUAGAUUGAUCAAUGAAAACAUUGCUUUUAAAAAUAAUGUUAAAAAUGAGAGUAAGAGCAGAAAGGGUUUUAUUGAUGGAGAUGAUAAUGUGAAUAACGAUAAUUAUAAUAAAAACUCAUGUCAUCUAAGCAAAAUGCAAUUUUCUAUGAGUACUCAAGCCCUAAACAAAGUUGAGGAUUUGAAUAACUCACCAUUAAAGUUUCAAACUCAUGAAAAUGCAUCUAAAAAUCUGAAUUCGAAUUUUAGAUAUGAACCACGUAUCUUAGAAAAUGGAUUUAAAAAUCUUCCUGCUUUUGAUGAAAUUCAAACUCCUCAAGUCUAUAAUCAAAUAAUAAAGUCUUCAACUUCAAAAAAUGUUUAUAAUGUUUGUCAGGGUUUCAAAAAUCAAAGAAAAAAUGAAGUUAGUUGGAAUGACUUUUCAAACCGUGCUUCAAGUUCCACACCAUCAUUUAAGACUUUAAAACUUAAUACCAUAGAUUGUUAUUUGAAACCUUUUCUAUAUGUUAAUCAACUUAUAGAAGAUUGGUCGUACAACGACUUGGGUUUGAAAAUAUGGUUGAAAGAAAAACAACCUUUGGCUAGUUUCAAAGACACUUUAGAAAUUGGAAUGAAACACAUUGAAAAAAAUUCCAAAAAUUAUAAGAAAACCAUUGAUCACAUGAAAAUAAGAUUCUUUGAAGAAAUGAUGUCAUCAAAAUUCCAAGGAAGUCUCAACGUGUGGCUAAAAAAUAUGAUCACAACUUCAAAAGAACAUAAAAUGAUGAUUUCAAACCAAGUGUUAUUGAAUUUUUAUGUGCUAUUUUCAAAAUAUUUUUUUUGUAAUUUGAUCAAUUCUAAUUUGUACAAAAUGACAUUUGAACAUUUAAAAAAAUUUAUGUCGGAUUUCAAAAACUUUCUAAGAAUCAAUUAUCAAAAUAAUUAUUAUGAUGUUUCACAUGUAAGAGAAAAUAUUCAUAUUGGUAGAAUGGUUGAAGAAAAUAAAAGCUUACAUGUAUGGAAAGAAUCCUCACAACACCACCAAAAGAAAUCAGAAAGCUCCUCAGUGUCGCUUAACAAUUCAUUAAACGAGAAGGCCAGUUUAGGUUAUGAAAUGAACAAAAACUUAAUGUGUCCAACUGAAGAAGAAAAACAGAAUGUAUUUCAAGUUAGGAGGAUACAAUGCUCAGAGGAUUCAAGCACAAAUAACAAUCUUUUUCUACUGAACCAUAAAUCUAAUAAAAAAAAGUAUAUGGCCGUCAAAGAAAAACACUCAAAAUUCAUUGAAAAACGUUCAUUCAAAAGAGAAUUACAAAAAGAAAACUUUAGAAGGCGUGAACGAGAUUGUGCCUCACCAAUUGCAAAUUCUCAAAGAUAUGGAAGCAAUUUUCAAUUAAGAAAUGAAUUGGGAAUAGAAAAUGAUUUGGAAAUAGAAAGACCGGGCAAGAAAAACCUAUACCCACAAGAUUGUGAAGAAAGCCCCAAAGAUUUGUUGCAUUUUGGAGAAAAUUCCAAUUCAUGUGAAAUAAAAAGCACCAACAGCGUAAACUACAAAUCCUUUGAAUAUGGGCAAGAAAGUAAUGUGGAUAUUAAAGGAAAAAAGAUUGAAGUUGAAGGCUUCGAUAAAUCACAUUCAACUUCGACAUAUGAAAUGUAUUUGGAAGAAGAAGAAAAUAACUCAUGUGUCAAUAAAAAGAAAUUUAAAAAUCAUGACAAUCACAUCAACAGUUUUGAGAAAACUGUUCCAACUCACAAUAAAAAAUUCACUCAUAUGGAGGACGAACCAAUGGUGAGGCAUAGUCAUUCCACCAGCUCUCAAAAUAGCAACACUCAACACAAUGUAGUCUUGUGGUCAAACACUCGAGUUCGGGAGCCCAUCGGCGCGAGGCGAUCAGGCCGCAGAGCGAGUAGCGCGAGGCGCGACGGCCAAGGCGCCGCCGCGCAGAGGCAGCAGCGGGAGGCGCGCCGGGAGAGAGCCUGCGAAAGCAUCCAGCGCCGUCAGCGCGACAUUGAGCAAGAGGCGCUGUUCUUCGACAUCUCCUUCUGGCGAUCGGACCAAGUCGCGGUCCCCAACUACGCCCUCUCGGAUGUGUCCAUGUGCAUCGCCACCCACGGCGCCAGGCCCCUCUCCCUCGACGACCUCCACAUGUUGUCGGAAGCCGCGCUCGCGGGCCCUCUACUGACCGCAACUAUUGCUUGCGUCAACGAACAAAUCGGGUCGCACAACCUGUGAGUGAGCGUUGGUAUAGUUACAACAACACAGCACUCUCGCUGGUAACGAUGAAACCACGUUGUUGGAAAUGUUGUCAAUGACAUCCGAGUGCAACCCAACAGAUCAAAGUAGUGAACUCACCCACUGACAAUAAUAUCUAGAACACGCUUGUGAAAUCCUUGAUUACUUUGUUACUGGGUCUACUCUGUGUAGUGGAUACGCGGUCUCUGAAAUUUUCGUGUCAGUGCAACCGCGGCGUUGAUUGCCAGGUGAUGGUCCGACAAUUCCAGACCGCUAUGCAAAGCAACGAGCUAUCAUAUGUGGUUGCUGGCAUAAUAUAUGUAUUUAGAGAGAUCGAAGCACAAAUUACCUCUGAAUGUGUGUUGCGUAUGUCUGCGCAACGCUGUUGGUAUAUCAGCAAUACAAGGCAACACCCAUCCGGCGCCGGAGAUCGUGACAAUUUGCUGGUUU